ACCUAUCAAUAAUUUAGUUGAAAAUCUUGAGGUACAAGCUACGGACACGAUCAUUAUAGAAAGCCAGAGAGAAAUAAGUCCAGAUCGUACUAACUUGUUGACAUCUAACGACAUAUCAUUUUCUUCGGACAGAAGCCCAAAUGAAUAUGCUGGUUUGAUUAGUGGUGGCGGCAAUGAUACGAUUCAAAAGGAUAAUUCACAUUCUUAUAUGUCCAAUAGACAAAAUAAACAAACUUUAAAUAGUUCAUCAGCCAGAAAUAAUUCGCCAGAAGGGUUUUACAGCCAACAGUUGUUGACAUCUAACGACACAACAUUUUUUUCAGACAGAAGCCCAAAUAAAUAUGCUGGUUUGAUUAGUGGAGGCGGCAAUGAUAUACUAUUAUUUGUAAUUUUAAAAUAUAUAGUACCUACAAUAAUAAACUUAUUUAAUUUAGAUAUGGAUAAUUUACAUUCUCAUACAUCCAAAAGACAAAAUGAACAAACUUUAAAUAGUAGAAGCCCAUCACCCGAAAAUGCUCAUGAUCGACAAUCCCCAAGUAGAGGCCAUUCAUCUAAAAAGUAUUACGAUCAGCAACCAUCAAUGUCAACCACAAUUAAUACCUCAGCUUUAAUUGGCCCAUUUAAGAAUGACCUUGAUUUUUGUCUGUAUCUAGUAAAGCAUCCACAACUUGUUGAAUUAGCAUUGAAUAUGAUGAUAGCAGAUGGUGGCAAGAAAUCCAUUACUUGGAAAAAGAUGGCCAAGGUGGCUAAUAAAUUUGAUACACUUUUCGAAAAGGCAAAUCAGCCAACGACACGGAAAAUUGCUGAUUAUAUCAAUAAAGAUAACUGGACAACUUUCAUAAAACGUCAUAUGGAUGUGAUAGAUAUACAAAAAAUGUUUGAAGAACAGCAUACGGUUGAUAUGGAAGUUUUCACAGUGGAUGGAGAGAAGGCUUUACAACAAAUGAACAUUAGCGGCUCUUUUACAACUUCGGAUGCACUAAGUAGUGCUUCAGACACAAUAAGUAGCAGUGAUCAAUCAAUGGUUAUGAGUGAAAUUAAAUUACAAGAGUCAGAAACUGAAUGCACACAAUCUAUAGCAGACAGUGGAAUUAAUUUUCCGGAGAGUACGGACCAGAAAAUAAGGGUCGGAAGAAUUAUGGCGAUAGUUUCAACUUCCAAUAGUAUUAAAUUGAAAGUUCAGCAUCUUUAUUUUGGUUCAGAAUUGCCAAGAACUUUUACAAGUUCAGCAAGAAUAGAACGAUCACAGAAUGGUGAGUUAUGGUUAAGCGAAAUAAUAUACUUAAUUGAUCCAUUUAAUGUGAUUAGAUUAGUUAAAUUUUGGCUUAAAGAUACUCCAGAGAUAUUGAAUUAUCAAUUUUAUGUGAGUUUUCAAAAUUUUACAACAGACCCAUUGCUUCAAUCUAUAUUGUCUGAUUGGUAUAUGAUACAGAAUAAUCAAGAAAAGGAUACGAUUGAUAUUA